UAAAAGACCUUACUUGGCUUUUGACCUGGCGAAUCUGAUGGAUGUCAAUAGCAUUGUGAAGACUUUGUUGAUUAACCAAAGACUAUAUGAUGUCUCAAACUACAGCUCUCCUUUGACCUUGCACACUGGUAUUCUGAAAUAUGAAAAUGAAUUCUUCAGACAGACCACAUACACACAUAUUGACACUAAAUUUCGUAAAGCUAGGACUCCAUUUUCUUGGCCCACAGCAGAGAGUGGAGGUUGGCUUUUCUUUUCAGGACAAUUCUACUAUCUACUGUUAGGUGGAGGGCAUACUGCCAUACCUUUCUACAUCUCUUCAUUGCCAGGUAGAUUCUGAAUAGUUCCGUUGAUUGGAAGUGAUGCUAUAUUUGUAAGGUUUGAGAAAUUAAGAAUAAUCAAUGAUUUUAGAUGAUUGCUGGCAAUACUUGAUGGAAUCUUUUUAAUUUCAUUCUUUAAAAAAGUUUUUUAUAUAAAUAUUUAUAUAUUAACUUGUUUUGUAAGUUGGCCUCUUAAUUCCAUUGAGUACUUUGAAUCUAAAAAAUAAGCAAUCAAAGGACCAUAUUGAAAC